GCAUCCUCAACGGCCAUUUCGCCAUUGAUCUCUUACCGACCUCCUCCUAAUGAAAUUCGGGGUCCUCUGCCGGAAUAGCUGCAGGAGAUGACUGCAGGCACCGGCAAUAUCAACCACCGGCGGCUUCAUCUAAUUUCAGAUGUUGCCAAUCUAUGAUUGUUGCUGAACAUGCAACCGACAGAAGCUCCUCAAGUUCAAGUCAUAGAGAGGGCGGGAUCUGACAAUCCUAAUGACGAUGGAACCUCUGUGCAAAGGGAAAUGAGUAUCUCUUCCCAUGAAUCCUUGUUCAGUAUUCACGUUGAUAGCUUCACGAGAUGUCAAGUUCCUGGCAUGGGUGCAGACCUACCCAACCCCGCGGACGUACCCAACCCCGCAGAACAGGACAUGGUUGGAGAAAAUAUGGUGCCCAAGCAAUCAAUUAGUCUCAGGGGAGGCUUUCAAGACACAGGAGGAGGAGAAGAGAAUAACAAAGAGGACCUGGGACCGGAUAACGGCCCAGUAUCAAGCCAAACUAAAGUAGAAUUAGCGAAAGAGAAGAGAAAAUCCGGAGAACAUAAAGGUUCUUCUGCCCUUCUAACGCGAUGUUGCUGCUGCUGUAAGUCGGUAACCUGGAUGUGCGGCCACUGCAAGACUCUGGCCUGGAGUAGCUGUAUUUCCUUGCCGAGCUGCAGCUGCAAGCGCCCGACCUGGCAAAGCUUUAUGUGCAAUUAUUCAAUCUGCUGUGGAAGACGAUCUUCUAACACGGCGGAAAAAGGGCCCGAACAACAUACUAAGAGCUCGAAAAAGGCUUCCGGACAAAAAUCUUGAGGAAAAAUCCAUGAUUUUAAGAAGGUUUCUAUUGUCUUCUCAGAAAACAAAAACAUUUCUGCGACUUUUCUCUACCUGGUUGAUCUAUCUUACCACAAUAUAUGGGGGAACAAUGAUAACUUCUGGCAGAUGGUAGAAAAUUUUAUCGAUUUUCAACCAAAAGAUUUGCUCAUGUUGCUUCAGAAGGCAAUGCUAUCUUCAUCUUUUUACAGUAGAUUUCUCCUCUAAAAACUGUAAAUUUGAGGUUGUCUGAAAGGCACUUUUUCACAGUUUGGAAUCCCGGUGAAAAAUCCAGUGUGAAGAACAUGAAUGACAUGUUGUGUUUAUAAUUGAUAACUAAAGAACACAAUUAUGAUUUCAAAAAAAGAACACAAUUAUAUUGCA